AUGUCAUUGAACAAUUGGGAACAAAAAGCGCAAAAGGGACGAGAUAUUCUUCAGAACUCGAUUCCCAAACAGUGGCUUUUACCCGAGUCCCGGCUACCACCCACCACGCAGAAGAAUGUGAUUCGUUUCAUCCGGGAAUCGGGUGCUCUGAGCGAGCAUGAGCUCAUGAUCACCGAUUCCUCCGCGACGGAGUUGGUACGAGAGAUGGGACGGGGGAAAUUGGCAGCAGAAGAGGUCGUUGUUGCGUUUUUGAAGCGAGCCGUUGUGGGACACCAGCUGUUGAAUUUCGCGACGGAAUUCUUAGCCGACGAGGCGAUUGCUCAAGCUCGGGAACUUGACAGAUUCUAUAAGGAAACAGGGAGAUUGAUAGGACCGCUGCAUGGCGUUCCAAUCAGUGUCAAGGAACAUGUUGGAAUGAAGAACAAAACAUGCAACACUGGAUUCGUGUCCUGGAUUGAUAAUAUAGCCACCGAAGAUGCGCAUUUGCUUCGACUUUUGAAAGAUGCCGGCGCAAUCUUUCAUGUCCGAACUAAUCAACCUCAGUCAUUGAUGCACCUUUGCUGCAGUAACAACAUCACAGGGACAACCUUGAACCCACACAACCGAACCUUGACACCGGGCGGAUCCUCUGGUGGUGAGGGCGCUUCUAUCGGGUUCAAAUGCUCGCCUCUAGGUGUAGGUACUGAUAUCGGUGGUUCCAUUCGCUGCCCGGCUGCUUUCUGUGGCGGAUAUGGGUUUCGUCCAACUGCGAUGCGAAACCCGAUGGCUGGAAUUCAAGUUGCGUGUAUUGGGCAAGAGACUAUCCAUGGUGUUGUCGGCCCUAUGGCAAGUACGUCGGUAGAUGAUCUGGAAUUGUUCCAGCGGGCGGUUCUCGAUCAAGUGCCCUGGGAGGAGGAGACGUCCUUGAUGCCCGUGCCUUGGAGCAAUGUCAUUCCUAGUUGGGACAUCACAAUUGGAAUCAUGUGGGAUGAUGGAAUUGUCCGUCCUCACCCCCCGAUCACUCGGGCCUUGCGCAUGGCCAAGGAGAAGCUUGUCAGAGCGGGAAUCAACAUCGUCGACUGGAAGCCAUAUGACCAUGAACGCGGCUGGAAGAUCAUCUCCGCUCUGUACUUCCCAGACGGAGGUGCUCUCACACGCAAAACACUCGCCGAGUCAGGCGAGCCUGCUCGCCCAUUAACAGAAUGGGCCCUAUCCUACUCUCGCCCAACACCCCUCACCCACCCAGAAGCCUGGACUCUCCAGCACGAGCGUGACACCUAUCGCGACGAGUACCAGGCCGCACUUAAAUGGCACCAAGUCGACUUUGUCCUGGGCCCUGCAUAUCCAGCCGCGGCAGCCGUGAUGGGCGAAUCUCAGUACUGGAACUAUACGGCCAUCUGGAACAUGACGGACAUGCCUGCCGUCACGUUCCCCUCGGGUCUUGCUGUGGAUCCAGGGCUGGAUGCACUCACAGAGCAGGAUAAGAAGUACAUCCCGCGAAACGAGAUCGACAAGAGAGAAUGGGAAAAGUACCAGUCACCGGCGAGGUACGAGAACGCGCCGAUUGCGCUGCAACUCGCGGGAAGACAUUUCAAGGAUGAAGAGACCUUGGCGACUGCGAAGCUCGUUGAUAAGAUUAUUAAAGAUGGCGUGAGGGGAUUGAAGCUGUGA